GCAAGGUCAUGACUUCGCUGCGCAUGCGCAGAGCCGGUUCCCUGAGCUGUGUCAAUGUGGGGCGAGAAGCAGCAGAUCUGAGCGCUUUGCAGAAGAUUUUAUUAUCCGGAUCAAGUGUUCAGUCAUCGGAUCGUGUGUUUUCUCGGAUCGGAGCAUCAUGACCAGCAGCUCGAAGCGAAAAGAGGAGGUUCAUGCGGUGAACGGCGGAGUAAAGCAGUCCACAUGGAGCAAAGCCAUCAGCUGCAAAGCAGUGUGGGACGAGAAGGAUGAGUUUUUAGACGUUGUUUACUGGUUCCGGCAAAUCAUCGCUGUCAUAUUGGGUGUAAUAUGGGGUGUUGCACCUCUGAAAGGGUUUCUGGGAAUAGCCAUAUUCUGUAUCAUCAACGCAGGCGUCCUGUACGUGUACUUCAGUAGUUUCCAGCAGGUGGACGAGGAGGAGUACGGAGGAACAUGGGAGCUCACCAAAGAAGGCUUCAUGACUUCAUUUGCUUUGUUUCUGGUGGUUUGGAUCAUCUUCUUCACGGCGCUACAUUACGACUGAGGACUGCAGGACAGACAGAGACGGACAUUUAUUUAAUGUGAUCUGCAUGGAGCUACUUUUCCGAGGCGUCUGCAUAUGUUACCUUCAGCAUGUGUGCGCCGGAGGAAGAGGUGCAUCAUGGGUACAAGACAUGUUAAUAACCUUCUGGAACCCAGGGCUCAUUGAAAUAUGAAGCUGAUGUUGUCCAGUGCACUGCCAUGGCUAUUGGGUUAAUAACUGUUAUUUCUGUUUGUCCUCUCUGCUUUUUCUUGUUUGAUCGCCGCCGUAUCAAGCAGGAUUUAACUUAAUUUGACGUUUUUCUUAGUUUCUUUCACGAUUAGCAUCCAACACAGAUUGUCUUACUCUGUUAUGACCAGUAAAAUCAGAUAGGAGUGUGUAAAUUCUGUACAAUUCAUUUUAUCGAAUCCAUAAUGUAUUAAAGUAUUUCUUAUGUCUUGUUGAUGUAACAAACUGCUCAGUAUUUUAUAGUGUAUUGAUGGAAAUGCGAAUGGUCUGUAUGCUUGUCAGUAAGGAGGUGUACCUGAGGCCGUAGAGAGACUGUUUUCUGGAUGAAAUGUUUUGGAGAAUCAAAUAAUAAAGCUGGGCUUUGUCUGCCCUACACUUUUCAACAGACGCUC